AUGCCAACCACUCGUUCCAAAUCCAAAGCCGCCGACCCAGAGAUCAUGACCGAUUCUGGGAGCGAAUGGGGCCAGCGACAAACCAUUUAUUUUCGGGUAAAUGGGAUCGGUUCGAAGGCUAGGGUCCCUCCAAUGUUAGCGCCUUUUGUUGGGAAAGCUGUGCUGGACUCUGAGGUGAGGAGGCAAUUACAAAACUUCAGGAACCACGAGUUGGGGAGAAUGGACCUGCAUCGGAUUGUCUCGACAGUAGCGGGAACUUCUGCACAGGCUCCAGCUGGUACUUUGCUGGGGCUUUUCCUCAUGCAUCUGGCGAUGGUCAAGGAGGCCCCAUUUAAUCCCGACGACCAACUUCCCCCAAGACGGUAUCUUCGCACCAACAGAGCCCAGGUUCAACGGCCUGGUUUUGUCUCAAGCGAAGUAAUAGACGACGACGGCUCAGAAACUUCUCUCGAAGAAACCACCUAUCCUAAUAAGCGAUUGUGUAUACAGUCGUGGGAAGAGACAUCAAUCGAUACAGACAAAAGUACCCAUAUGCUAAGAGUCAAAUCGGAAACACAGACUCAACUCAUGAUAUCGUUGUUUCUCACGAGUAUUUUUGAGUGCUCCAAUUUAAGUGGUCGCGGUACAAGCCUGUCCGUAGCGAAGUACCGACGCUGGGAAUGGCACGCCGAAGGAAAAGAGCUUCGGAUUCUUAGUCCAAGGGUAAACUGCGUCUCAAUCAAUGAUGGGAGCCUUCGCCGCAAGGGAAUCGGUCAGUCUCAGUUCUGGGGAUUUAUGGAUGACAUGAUCUACUGUUCAGUGGAGACAAAGUCCCGGCUUGGGCAAUGGGACGAAGAUGAGCUGAUGGGCAUUCCAAACACAAGAGUUGAUGCUCAAGAAGCUUCUCAGCUGAUUGGAAUGAUGUGUGAACGUCUUCGCGAGAAAAGCAAAACGGGACGAGUAGACCCAUUCAAGCUGAGGGAAUAUGACCGCACGUCUACACCAGUUGCUCAACUCGACGACUUGGAUAUGAAAGUUACGAAUGAUCCACCUCCUACACUCAACAUUUUCCGAACUCCGAGAUUUGAUCUCUCUCGCAGCAAGGGGUCACUAGCCGCCGCGCGGCUGGUUCUGGCAUUGGGCUCGUAUAUUGAUCAUCACGGCCCGUUGUGCGUGUGA